AUGUCCGAUUUGAAUUCUGUAUCAGAAGGUAAUUAUCCUCCAGUGUAUCCACUGCCAAAUGAUGAAGAUAUCAUUACAUUAACAAAGUAUUUUAAAAAAAAGUACAAUGAAGAACCUGAUUUUUAUGCGAGAGCACCAGGAAGAGUCAAUCUUAUUGGUGAACAUGUUGAUUACUGUGGUUAUUCAGUUUGUCCCAUGGCUGUGCAACAGCAUGUUGUAAUUGCUUUUAAAUUGAGUGAUGACUCAGUCGUUAAGAUUUCCAAUGUUGAUGAGACGUACAAUAGUUACGAAUGUUCGAUAAAUGAUGUCAACAUUCCUGAAAAUGUUUUACCAGAAUGGCAUUUUUAUUUCCUUUGUGGAGUUAAAGGAGUUUUGGAAAAAUUGCCACCUGAAACUACUCGUAGAGGAUUUCGAGCAUCAGUUUAUGGAAACAUUCCGCUGGGCUCAGGUUUGAGCAGUUCUAGUGCAUUGGUUAGUGCAGUCACUCUUGCCCUAUCAAGAGCUUACAAUUUAACUUUGACUAAAGAAGAACUUGCCGAUUUGGCAGCAAAAUCUGAAAGAUAUAUUGGUACUCUUGGAGGUGGUAUGGACCAAGCGAUAUCAUUUUUGGCGACUAAAGGUUGUGCUAAGCACAUAUCAUUUGAUCCACUCAAAUCAACUGAUUUGAAGCUACCAGAUGGUGCUUUAUUUGUGAUUGCCCACAGCUUGAUUCAAAUGAAUAAAGCAGCUACUCAGGAUUUCAAUUGUAGGGUUGUCGAAUGCAGGCUGGCCUGCCAAGUUCUUGCCAAGCGUUUGAGACUAGAUUGGAAAAGAAUAAAUAAAUUGGCUUUCUUACAAAAAUCAAUUGGUUUGGGUGUCCGACAUUUGCGUGCUUUGGCCACCGAAACAUUACACGAGGAACCGUACACUAAAGACGAGAUUUGUAAAGAACUUCAAAUAACUCAAGAAGAAUUAAAUAAAACUUCUCUGACGGAAAAUACUAAACACAUUCAACAUUUUAAAUUGAAACAAAGAAUGCUUCACGUAACCGAAGAGGUUGAAAGAGUUAUGGAAUUUAUAAGAAUAUGCAAAGAAGCGGAAAAGGGAACCAUGUCAUCCGAAUCGGCUCUUUAUAGCUUAGGAAAAUUAUUGAAAAAAAGUCACGAAAGUUUAAAAAACUUAUACGAAUGCAGUCACGAAGAAUUGGAUAAAAUAAUUAAAUUGGCUGAAAAUCACACUCUGGGAGCCAGGUUGACAGGAGCGGGAUGGGGCGGAUGUACCGUUGCAUUAACCGCCAAGGAUAAAGUCGAAGAUUACAUAGAAACAUUAAAGGAAGAAUUUUACAGAUGUAACGAACGUGCGGAAGAUUUAGAUUUAGAUAAUUUAGUAUUUGUCACAGAACCGGGAAACGGUGCUGCCAUUUUUAUCAAAUCUUAA